AUUAUACGUAUGACGUUGACUGUUAUCAGUUGAUUAAAAAGUGAUCAUUUGACACUGGUUGAACGAUAUUUUUAGGCCUAAAUGUUGAUAUGGGCUGAAAUUUAAAUAAACAAAGCUUUGUUUUAUAGACAUAUAUGUAACAUGAUCAGAUAUUCCGAGUGUUGAGCUUUUUGUGUUGCUUGAAGUGACAGUUACUGCUUGGGUAAUGUAAAACUCACGAACAUUUUACUUAUCUCUAGUAGAUAGGGUUUUAUUGUCGGUAAGUUUGUCAACGACAUAGGUGCUUUAGCCAAUUCAGAAACAAGCAUAACAAGAACCAUAUCUGUGGAAUGAACAGAACUGAACAACAACAUUCGAUAGCGUUAUAUACAUGUUAUAUAACAUUUUCAGACGGCAACGUUUACUCGCGCUAUAACGAGGAAAGGGAGAGAAGUUAACAAUUAAACCAUGUCAGAAGAAGAUACAAGCCAGCAGAAAUGUUGCAUUGACAAAGUAACAUUUUAUACUUAUGUUGCUGAAGGUAGAGUAGAGCAAGUGAAGGCUUGUAUAGAGGCAGGUCUCCCUACUGAGAUAGCCACCGCCACUGAGGACACAGAGAGUCCACUACACAUAGCUGUACUAGGGGACAGUGAAGAAAUGGUAGACGUGCUGUUGUCUAAUACCAACUUCGUCAUGGCCACCAACAUGUACUGGAAAACCCCACUACACUUGGCUUGUGGCAGUGGCAGACUCGAUGUUGCCAGAAAGUUGUUGCAGCACGGCGCUGAGAUCGACUACAAGGACUGUGGGGAGUGUACGCCACUCUUCCACUCCGUGAACAACAACCAGGUGGACAUGGUCCAACUCCUCGUUGAAGCAGGUUGUGACCUUGAUACUUUGAAUGAAGAGCUGAUAACUCCUCUAGAUCAAGCUCUACUCCACAACAGAAAGGAAAUUAUCUCCCUUCUUAUCAAGGCAGGAUGUGCUAUUGACAAAUCAGACGGACUCAUCUACUACCCAGAUCACUAUGCAAACCACAUUGUGUUUUCACUGUUGGUCAAUAAUGACCUUGGCAACAUCAAACUGCUUAACGACUGUGGGUAUACUAUGAAAUAUUCAUAUAUGCAAGAGAUGUUCCAGAAGAAGCAUAUUCUAGCAAUGGAAGAGGAGGCCUUCAGGAUGCUGAUGAGAAUGGCCCAGAAUCCUCAUAGUUUGAGCAACUUGUGUAGGACAUGUAUACGCAGGACGUUACAGGCAAAGAGAUAUGUGAGUCGUAAGUCUUUGGACUCCAUGAUAGACAGACUCGAUGUUCCAGAGAAAUUAAGACGGUAUCUCUCUGUCUGUGAUACAUGAUGUUCUCAGGAUAUAUUGUUGAUGAUAUUAUGUAAACAAGUGCAGAAGUGUUUUUGUGUCAGAAAUGGACACUGCCUCCAUGGUUUAGUGGAUGAUCAGGAUGCACACUUCUGGAAUAAAAUGAAAAGAAAA